AUGUCUCCAAUGGUAAUAAGGAAGGUAGUGCAGCCCUUCAUGUCGAGAAUUUACCAGCGACUACCUCCAAUAGCGAGUCCACCAAUAUUGUGCCUGCUAGACCAGGGAUCUCAGGCUUCGUUUGUGACGGAGUCCACAGUUCAGUUGUUAGGCUUGAAACGCACAUCCAGUAAGAGAGUAAUUUCAGGUUUAGGCGGUGAUCCUAGUGCCUCUAUUAAGUGCACUUCAAUGGUUAGGAUUAAAAUUCAAUCCCGCAUAGACCCCAGCUUCCACAUUAAUGUUGAAGCUUUUGUUAUGAAGAAACUCACUACUGUCUUACCAGAACGAAAGAUUAAAGAGCAAUCCGUUGAUUUUAUGUCGUCUAUGGCCCUUGCAGAUCCUUCUUUCAAUGUACCAAACAAGAUAGAUCUGCUUCUUGGAGCCGAAGUUUAUAGCCAGAUAUUGUUAGAAGGAAUAGUCAAGGAUCCGUCCAGUCAUGUAGUUGCUCAAAACACCAGACUGGGUUGGAUCUUAUCUGGUCAACUUCAAACAGUCAGCCAUAGCGAAACUCUCAACAACUGUCACAAUAUAGUUAGUUUGCAUUCAUUCCAUUCAAAUGAGAAUGAACUUCUUCGUAGAUUCUGGGAGUUAGAAUCAGAACCACAAACUAAUUUGAAUAAAAAACAGUUAACACCUGAUGAACAGAAAUGUGAAGAUUUAUUUUUAGCUACAACUCAGCGUGAUGAAACAGGUCGUUAUAUAGUGCGCUUACCGUUUAAAUCUGACAAUCCAAGUUGUAAGUAUAGUGAGUCCAGGGAUAUUGCAUUGAAGCGGUUUCUCAUGUUAGAGAAACGGCUAAUGAGAAAUCCUGAUUUGAAGGCACAAUAUUCAGAAGUCAUAAACGAAUAUCUUCAAUUAAAUCAUAUGGAAAGGGUUCCCGAGGAAUGCAAAAUCGAUAGUUUUGCUGUUUAUUUACCGCAUCAUGCAGUAGUACGCAAUGAUAAGACAACCACUAAAGUUCGUGUUGUAUUUGACGCAUCUUGUGCAGGAAGUAAUGGUAUUUCUUUGAAUAAUGAUCUAAUGGUAGGACCAUCCUUACAACCCGAAUUGCGUCAUAUUAUAAUGCGUUGGCGUUGUUACAGAAUUUGUUUAACUGCUGACAUAAUAAAAAUGUACAGGCAGGUGAAGGUGGCCAAUGAAGACACAGAUUUUCAGCGCAUUUACUGGUGUGAGAAUCCAGAUGCUGAAUUUCAGCAUCUCCGUCAUUUGAGAGUGACAUUUGGUACUUCUUCCGCUCCCUACCUAGCCGUUCGGUCGCUUCAACAGUUAGCUUAUGAUGAGGGUUCAGAUUUUCCAUUGAUAAAGGAUAAAGUGUUGUCUGAAUUUUACAUGGAUGAUCUUAUGUCUGGAUGUGAAAGUAUUGAAGAUGGCUUGGAAACCUACAAACAAUUGACAGAAAUGUUAAGGCGUGGUGGGUUCCAACUUCAGAUGUGGUCAAGCAACAGUUCUAGCCUAAUGAAUUUAAUAAAGGAAGGUCAAGAUGUGAACAAUGUUAGAGAAAUCAAACUAGAUGAAGUUUCAAAAAUUUUAGGAUUAAUAUGGAAUAAAGUAACUGAUGAAUUUGAAUAUACUGUCAACCUUCCUCCGCUGGAAACCCCAGUAACAAAACGUAAGGUUAUCUCGGAUAUAGCCCGACUGUUUGAUCCCCUUGGUUUUUUGGCUCCAGUCAUAACGACUGCCAAGAUCUUUAUACAGCGGUUGUGGUUAUGUGGCAUUGGAUGGGAUGAAGAACUGCCAACUUCUUUGCUUAUAGACUGGUUGGAGUACCGAAAAGAUCUUUAUGCAUCCAAUUUAGCGUACGCCGCUGUAGUUUAUGCACGAGUUGUAGAUAGCGAGGGCAAUGUUCACACUAAUUUAGUAGCUUCUAAAACAAAAAUUGCUCCUAUUAAGACGCUAUCUAUUCCUCGUUUGGAAUUGUGUGGUGCUGUGUUAUGUGCGAAGCUUCUUCAUGAAGUUGCUGCUGUUCUGAAGAUUCCUAAGCAUUAUAUUCACGCGUGGACUGAUUCUUCCGUUGUUUUGGCCUGGUUGGGGAGUCAUCCAAGUCGAUGGAAGACGUUCAUCGCAAAUAGAGUGUCGGAAAUACUUACCUUAAUGGAAGGAGCACAGUGGUCAUAUGUAGCAUCUAAAGAUAACCCCGCUGAUUGCGCGUCUCGCGGUGUUAAACCAUCAGUUUGUGAAGAAUUACAGCUCUGGAAAAAGGGACCCAGUUGGCUGCAAAAUAAAAAUAUAGAAUAUAAAAUUAGGAAUAUAGAAGACACUAAACUAGAAGAAAGAAAAACUACAUUAAAAUGUUUUAUGCUUACCGAAAAGGACGAAGAUUUGCUGUCAAGAUUUUCCAAACUAAAUAAAUUAAUCAGAGUAAUAGCAUACUGUAAAAGAUUUAUAAAUUUAAAUAAGAGUAAAAAUAAAUAUCCUAAGUGGCUAACUACUACAGAAUUAAAUGAUGCUUUACUUACCUGUGUCAAGAUCUGCCAGUACGGUCGUUUUAAAGAAGACAUUGAAGCACUGAAAAGGAAGAAAAAAUUAAGUAAAGGGAGUAAACUUACCUCUUUGAAUCCAUUUAUUGAUGACUGCGGUGUUUUGAGAGUCGGUGAACGCUUACAAAGGGCAUACAUUAGUGAGAAUAUGAAACAUCCAAUACUCAUACCCCAUAACUCGCCCUUCACUUACCUUUUGAUUGCAGACGCUCAUGAAAGAACAUUACACGGCGGGCCGCAAUUAAUGUUGAAUUACUUGCGAUCAAUGUAUUGGAUCAUAAAUGCUAAACCAAUUGUUAGAAUUUAUGUGAGAAAAUGUGUUACUUGUGUCCGUCACGCGGCACAAGUAAGUCAACAAAUGAUGAGUCAGUUGCCUGAGGCCAGAGUGACGGCUCAAAAACCUUUCCAGUCCAGCGGUGUAGACUAUGCUGGACCCAUUAACCUCCGAGCAAAUAAAGGUCGAGGCUACCAAACGGCCCAAAGUUUUUUGGCCGCAUUCAAGCGUUUCGUGUCUAGACGCGGAAGAGUACACGAUUUGUGGAGCGACAAUGGUACAACCUUUAUCGGAGGGGCCAAAGAAUUAAAACAUCUGUUUAACGCAGAAAAAUCGAGUGUAGCUCCAGAAAUAGUUGACUUUCUCGUAACGAAUGGCACCAAUUGGCACUUCAUACCUCCUCACGCUCCAAACUUUGGAGGGUUGUGGGAGGCGGGUGUAAAAUCAACUAAACAUCACUUGAAGCGAGUCAUAGGCAAUAGCACUUUGACAUUCGAAGAAAUGACAACUGUGCUAUUUACCUCGUAA